AUGGCGACACACCACCUGUGCCUCAAUAAUGUCCCAGUUGUCAUCACACACGGUCCCCCACUGUCCAUUAUAGUAGACCUCCACACAGCCCUCAGAGAACAGCUUACCCCCCACCAGCCUCAUGGCCCCAUUCUAGUGGGAUCAUGGCAACAAGACGCUAGCAAUCAUCGUUAUCUCAUAGAGUUCCUGGAGGUUGGAGGGGUCCUAACCCUCCUGGAGAUCUUAGGUCAGAAACAGACCAAGGAGGAGGACAAGGCAGAGGCCAUUCAGCUGCUUCAGAUAGUCUCAAACGCUGGACGCAAGUACAAAGAGCUAAUCUGCGAAAGCUAUGGUGUGAGAGCCAUUGCAGAGUGCCUGGCCAAGUCCAAGACAGAGGGGACCCAAGAGACAGCACGGGCCCUGCUGGAGUCCCUGGCCCAUGGAAACCCCAAAUACCAGAACCAGGUGUACAGAGGUCUGAUCGCCCUGCUGACCUGUACCUCGCCCAAGGCCCAGCAACUGGUCUUGCAGACCCUCCGCAUAGUACAAGACAUAGUGAAGGAAGCCCACCCCAGCAUCGUGGGACCUCUGUUGAAUUUGUUGAGGUCCCUGCAUUUGGAGGUGCAAUAUGAGGCUAUCGAGCUGAUCACAGAUCUCAGGCAGUAUGAGGUCAGACCGGCGCUGCUCACAGGUCUCGUAGCGCUGCUCAAACCGGCUAUGGAGGGAGUGCAGACAUACAAGAUCCUGGAAGACCCAGAAAUGACCAAGAUGACUGAAUCCCUGCCAGUGUUUGUCCAACAAGCUGCGGCAGCCAAAGCUUUAAGGUUGCUUGCUCAGGGGAAUCAGGAGCUGUCAUGGGAACUCCUUCCUCUCAGAGUGGUGCACCACUUGAUGUAUGCUAUGGGAAACCAGGAGCACGCUGACGCCCAGAGACAAGCCAGCCUGGCGCUGGAGCAUUUUGUCCGUACAUACCCAGUGGUGGAGGAGCAUGUACGCAGAACCAUGGGUACCAAUCUGUUUGCAGCCUUCAUGCACAAACCUGAGACUCUCUACAUGAAGAUGGAUGAAGUUCAAGCAGAUAUCCUGCUAUCAAAUAAAGUCAAAAUUUCGGAAGUUCUGGAGCACCAGAGCUCAGAAGACUGAACCAGACAAAGUACAGGCAUGCCAUUUUGUAUAAUAAUAGUUUACACUUUAUUUUCAUGUUACAGUAAAA